UGCAAGCAUGCAUGAUGUUGAUCAUGAAGUCGAGACAAAUCAUGCAAGCCUGUCUUUGCUUUUCGAUCUGUUCAAUUCCAUAUUCUGACAAGGCUGCAGGAAUAGUUUAAUCUUUCUAGCUCUCCCAUCUUAGCCAUACUUAUCCAACAUAGAUCCUGUUUCGAUCAUAAGUAUACUUUGGAAGAUCUGUGCAGCUGCAUGCGCUUAUUUGUUUUCCGAGUUCCCUUAAUUAUUUCUUUACACCUAAAUAUGUUCUUCUAACGUCUCUUGUGACUCAUGAUCAUUAUCUGCUCCAGAUAAGAGAAAAGGCCGUGACCGUAUCUUUGCUUCUAAUUGAAUGCAACCUGGAGUCUCUGCCGCCUGAGUAGCAAGAAAUGCUUGUGUAGAUAUCAGUUUUGCGAUAGCAGUAGCUUUGAGUACUUUAUAAGAAUCCUCAAUCAGGUUUUGUUGUAGUAUGGAAAACGACAUACAUCAUGGUUCUGCACAGGAGAAUUCCUCUGAAGUUCCAUCUCUCAUCAAGUAUAUAUCAUCAAAUGAAGUGGCCGGCUUUGAUGACGCUAGCUCGGCAACCUCCAUCAAUGAGCAGUCAACUGAAUCUCAUUCUCUCAGUCCAUCUGCCACUGGCGAUGAAACUGAACCCAUCUACCAUAAAAAAAGGGUGGAGUCUAUUUCUAUCAACAUGCCUUCAUCUCCAGUGGCAGUUCACUUACAGACUCCAAGAAGAGUUAUCUUCAGUGGCGAAACCAUUUUGAAGCGUGGGGUUCCAGAUGAUUCUCGUGUAUCUAAGACUGAACCACUAGAACCGCCAAAACAUCAUUUUCACCCAAUGCUAAGAGGCGCUGCAUAUGAUAAGUCAAUCAACGAUGGACAAUUUGCCCAUCACCAAAAUAUUAGAAAAUUGAAGGACAAGAGAUAUGAUUCUUUCAAAACAUGGUCUGGGAGACUUGAAAGGCAGAUCACACUACUACGUGGAAAGUCAACACUUGAUUCCAGACCCGAGGAUGAUACAGUGCAGAGUAGGGGAGUUGAGAGAAAUUUACCUGUGGACCGCUACUUCGAUGCCUUGGAAGGGCCAGAGCUGGAAACCCUGAAGGCUUCAGAGGAAAUGGUGCUUCCUCAUGACAAGAUAUGGCCAUUUCUUCUAUGUUAUCCUAUCUCUUCAUUUGGUAUCUGUCUUGGUGUUAGCAGCCAGGCAAUUAUGUGGAAAGCCCUGGCCACCUCUUCCUCAACAAAAUUUCUUCACAUAAGCCUGACAGUAAAUCUCGUUUUAUGGUGCAUUUCUAUUGCUCUUAUAGCCACUGUUACUUCCAUCUAUCUUUUAAAAGUAAUUCUCUACUUUGAAGCAGUUCGGCGUGAGUACUACCACCCUAUCUGUAUCAACUUCUUCUUUGCCCCAUGGAUAUCCCUAUUGUUCUUAGCUCUUGGAGUGCCACCUCUAGUUGCUAACAACCUGCCUUCAUCUCUUUGGUAUGUUCUCAUGGCACCAAUUUUUUGUCUUGAGAUUAAGAUCUAUGGACAGUGGAUGUCAGGAGGCCAAAGGAGGCUAUCGAAGGUCGCAAAUCCUUCAAACCAUCUUUCUGUAGCUGGAAAUUUUGUUGGUGCAUUACUGGGUGCAUCAAUGGGGCUAAAAGAAGGUCCUAUCUUCUUCUUUGCUAUUGGUUUGGCUCAUUACACGGUCCUAUUUGUAACUCUCUACCAGAGACUUCCAACAAAUGAUACACUCCCAAAAGAGCUCCAUCCGGUAUUCUUUCUAUUUGUGGCAGCACCGAGCGUUGCUUCAAUGGCAUGGGCAAAGAUUCAAGGCACUUUCGAUUAUGGUUCACGGAUUGCUUACUUCAUCGCCCUGUUCCUUUAUUUCUCACUGGCAGUUCGGCUCAAUUUCUUCAGAGGGUUUAAGUAUGAUGUUGACCUGUAUUUGUCACCUGAGAUAGUAAUAUCGGUGAUGUUCUCAAUAGCAUGGUGGGCCUACACUUUCCCAAUGACUGGUGCUGCCAUUGCAACCAUCAGGUACUCAAAUGAAGUCAGAAGUGUCUUGACCCAAGCUCUAUCCGUCAUACUCUCUUCCGCUGCUACGCUUACAGUGACGGCCCUGCUUAUAACAACCAUCUUGCAUGCCUUUGUUCUCUGA